ACUGCAGUCCUACGCUGGAAGACAUCUUAAGUUAGAUACGCGUGAAGAAAUGGAAUUUUCACAACUGGAAAGGUUCUUUCGUCAAAACAUACAGACACAAAUGUUUAUAGAAAUUCCACAAUUUUUUGACGACAUCUUAUGGAUCAACAUCCAUGUCUGCUUCCCCUUCACCUUCCUGGUCAUUGGUUUGUCUAUUGUGAUUCAACAGAACGGCCCUGACCACCACUACAUGAAUAUGCUCCUUUCCAACCUACUUCAGCUCAUCGUUGUUAUUGUUGCAGUGACACUUGGAGAAGAACCUGGGAGAAACUAUAUCUCCUCUCUGAUCUAUGGCUGUGGUGUGGCAGCUGCUCUCACCUUCAGGACGAUUGUUGCUUGGAAAAGGUAUUCCUCAGUCUCUUCUGCACAGCUGGACUCUUCUGGAAACAAAAAUUGUUUUUGUGUGGGAUGCAUUAUGGUCUGGACACUUUUUGUUUCUGUUUUCAGCUUUAUGUUUGCCUUCAACAUGACAUUGUAUCUUUUCAUUCUUCCUGUUUUCUUUGUCCCCAUCUUCAUCAUCUUCCUUGUUUGGAUUGUCAGAUCUCUGUCUGCAGCCACCUCAGUACCAGCUGAGGAAAAAUGUAGAACUGUGGGAACUUUGGUUCUGUGGCUUGUUAAUUACUCUGUCACAAUCCUCACACCUGCUAUUUAUGUAGUUUGUGCACAUUGGUUUAACUAUGACAGGGAAAUGCUUUACAUUUUUCUGACACUGUCUCUGCUCAGUCCCUCUCUGGACCUGGUUCUGUUUGUUUUUUGUUGCUUCGUUGUCAGUAAGAAGUCGGCAAAAUAA